AUGGAGAGGCCCCUCACGGUCCUGCGGGUGAGCCUGCACCACCCCACGCCAGGCCCUGCCACCUUCGCCAAUGUCCCUCCGCAGCUAGAGCACGACACCAGCCCACUGCUGGUGGGCCGGGGACUGGAUGCCCACCUCCGGCUGCAGCUCCCUCGCCUCUCCCGCCAGCACUUGUCACUGGAACCCUACCUGGAGAAGGGCAGUGCCCGGCUGGCCUUCAACUUGAAGGCUCUGAGCCGCAAGGGCUGCGUGUGGGUCAACGGGCUGACGCUGAGGUUCCUGGAGCAGGUGCCCCUGAGCACCGUCAACAGGGUCGCCUUCUCUGGCAUGCAGAUGGUGGUCCACAUCGAGGGAGGCACCUCCCUGGAGGCCUUUGUCUGCUGCUUCCAACUCAGCCCCUCGCCCCUGAUUUACAGGCUCCAGGCUGAGGAGACCGACGAAUGGGAAAUCAUCCCCCAGGAGCAGGCUCCCUCAGGUUCAGGGCAGCAGGCUCGGGGUCACCUGGGGUUUCUCGACAGCCCUCCCCAGCCCAGCCCUGGAGGAGCACCAGAAAUACAGCUCCAGAGGAAGCCCCCGGACAGUGCGCUCUGCGAGCCCCGCCGGCCACCCCGGAGCAAGCCUUAG